AAUUUAUGAAAUGUCAAAUUUUCUCAUCCCCGCACCGCACAGUCCGCACCCCACUGAGUUUCCCAUGUUGAAAUCGAAAUGAAACAAAUGAAAAUUUGAAUGAACUCAUGUAUGGAAAUAAAAUUAAGCUAGCCAUGCGUUAAUAAAAUAGAAUGCUUAAUUAUUAAUAAUAUUUAAUCGUGAUAUUGUUCUAAAUAAAUAGUUGGCAGCAUGUUCAAAAGUCGCGGAGAUAUUGUUUAUAAAUGUACAGUGAGGCUUUUAGAAGAUACAGAGAUAUUAGAAUGUGAAUUUCACCCAAGUUACAAGGGCAAAUUCUUGUUGGAGCAUGUAUGUCAACAGUUAAAUCUCACUGAGACUGAUUAUUUCGGACUGCGAUAUGUGGACGCUGGUGGUCAAAGGCAUUGGCUGCAUAUGGCAAAAUUAAUAUUGAAACAAGUUAAAGAUGCCUCGCCAAUUCUAUUUAGUUUCCGAGUGAAGUUCUAUCCGCCAAAUCCUCUACUGCUAAAAGAAGAUGUGACUAGGUUCCAGAUAUAUUUGCAGCUGAAAAGAGACCUACUACAUGGCAGGUUAUAUUGCACGGCUAACGAGGCAGCUAUGUUGGGAGCACUUAUUAUACAAAUCGAGUUAGGCGACUACGACCCUAACAUCCACGUCGGCAACUAUGUGACGGAGAUGAGGCUGCUACUGAGACAAACGGAUACUAUUGAGGCUAGGAUACAGGAGCUACAUAGAGAACCAGUAGAGGGUACCCCGGGCGGGAGUGGAGGCGUGAAGGGCAUGUCGACGCAGGAAGCUGAGCGCACGUUUGUAAAGAUCGCCUGCCAACUCGACACGUACGGCGUCGAUCCCCAUCCUGUCAAGGACCAUAGAGGUAACCAGCUGUACCUGGGCAUCAACCACAGUGGGAUCCUGACGUUCCAGGGCAGUCGGAAGACGCACCACUUCAAAUGGUCCGAAGUGCACAAGAUCAACUUCGAGGGACGCAUGUUUAUUGUACAUCUUAAUUACCCAGAGAAGAAGCAUACAGUGGGUUUCAAAUGUCCGAACGGUCCCGCCUGCCGCCACGUGUGGUGCUGUGCCAUCGAACAAAUGCUGUUUUUUACGUUACCAUCAUCGUCGGACGCGUGUGUAUACUCGGGCGGCGGACUGUUCUCGUGGGGCACCAAGUUCAAGUACGUCGGCCGAACUGAGAGGGAAAUACUCGAGAGGGACGGACUACUCGCGCCUAGAGAUACUCAGAAGGAGGGUUCUAGUACAGGCGGUAAGAGGAAAGCGUCCAGUGUCCCCGCCACCCCGUCCACGCCGAUGACGGGAGACUUCGGUAUUUAUCGUUACAGUAGUCUCCCGCGGUCGACACACAGCGCUCCGCUAGAGGAGAGUGGGGCGGACGAGACUUGUAACGGGGCGUGUCUACUCAGUGGACCUGCUGUAGACAUCGCACUAGCUUGCACCGACCAUCUGCGGACUGUUCAGGAGGAGGUCAAGCCACCUGCGAUUCCAUCGGAGUACAGUCUACGCGACUCUUUUGAGCAUUCAUCAUCGGAGUCGGGAGUGACAUCAGGAGGUUUGGUGCCAGGGGGUAGCACGGAGCCAGGGUGGAGACCGGCGGGGGGCGCAGGGUGGAGAGCGCUGAGUGCAGUGCGGGCCUUCGCGGCAUGUUUCCUAGUAGUGUGGCUGGCACUGGCGCUACUGGCGCUGCUCCUGUUCGAGACGGAGCUGUCGGGGCUGCACGCGCUGCGGCGCGCGCCCGAGCUGGUGGCCCUCCGCCGCCAUUACUACACGCCCCUCAAACACUACUUCAAGCGCAAGGUCGUCGACCUGUUCUGAUUCUCACUCCACCCUCCACAACACGAGUGUCAAAUUUUACAGCCACGUUACUUUAUAGGAGUAGGGUCAGUCCCCCACACAUACUCGGCUUCAGCCAAAUAAUAUGUAAAUACUUUUCAAACUUUCUGAAAAUUCUCACGAAAUUGUUAUUUUUUUUUAUCUACAAAUCUAAUCUGUCCAUAGUUAUUUAUAUGUUGAUGUAUGUGUGUGGGGGACGAGUCAACGAGUCUUAUUUGUACAAAAUGUCUGCGUACCUAGACGUAAGUCACCGCUAUACGCUUUCUUAUAGUACAAUUACUUUGUAAGCUAUCACUAGUUUCUCGCACGGCACAAGGAUUUGUGAGGAUUUCUACGUUCCUAAUUAUUUUUCAUACACGGGCCUACUGCUUGGAUCGGCCUUAAAAACAUACUCAGGACGCCGCGACGUCCACACUCAAGUGACAGAUCUGUUACAUUUAUAAAACUCUGCUUACAGUCUGCGAUAUAUGAAUCUCAUUUUUUUAUACAACUAUUCUCAUACAUUCCACUUAAUAAUUUAGUCUUCCAAAAGUAUUGUUUGUAGUGAUUCGAAUAAUUAUUUUUAUAUUACCUAUUUAAUUAAUGUUUAAGUAUUCGUGCACAAAUUUUAUUUUUUUAGAUGUGCCAUAAUGUUAUAUUUCGAAACCUAGUCAUAAAAGAAUGGUUCUAUAGUUUUUGCACAAUUAUUGGUAAGUUAAUGAUUGAUGUUAUGUUGUGUAAAUGUUAUUUAAAAUGUUUUGUUGGGGACACAUUGGUUAUUUAUUGAUUACGACACGAUUCAAUGUUGUUAUUGCCUUACUAGAGUGAGUGUGUUAGACUAAGUACUUAAUUAGACGCUUCAUUUUGCCUAGUCACUAUGUAUGUAAAUGAUUCUCGAACGUUAAUAUUAUUAGCACUAGUUCUUAAGUAACACGACAAUCGGAAAUCAAAGCGAUUUGAUGCUUAUGACUGUGUGAUGAUCACAACAACAUGUAAUUUAGGUAAAGCUUUUUUAAAAUACAUAAUUCUUCACUUUUACAACAUUUUUCUAAAAAGUAAUAAGUCAUAUUACUUUUGUAGAUAAUUUUGUCUUCUCAUACAUUUGAACUCUAUCUAGAAUUCCAAAGAAUUCUAUAGCUAAUUUGUUUAUCGAUUGUGAUCUGUUUCAACUCGCUGGAAUUAAGCCAACACAUGCUGUUAUUGCUAUUUUCAUGGAGCGUAAUGUUUACAUAAUUCUCUAUUUACUACAAAUUACCUCAACUUUUCUCAAUGUCAAUAGUUGUUGUGAUCAACGCAAGUACAACGAAUUGAAUAAUACAAUAAAAUAAUUGGAUACAACCAAUAAAAGUAUUUGGUAUUAAAUAGAAAAUCUGCUGUCCAUCACAUCACAUCGCUUGAUCAUUAUUUAUUGAAAUUGUCAAUUAAAAAUUACUAAAUAAUCUGUCAUACAAGUAUCGACUGCUUCGCAUAAUUAGAAUAACUUGUAACUUGUAAAAAUGACAGAAAUAUUUCCUUUGUGGUAGAGUAAUGUACUUGUAGCCGGUAAACUAGAACUUUUUAUUUUCUUUGUGGACCAACAUGCUAUGGAGUUAAGUUUGAAUGUACCUAAAUACUUAUUUUUAUACCGUUAUUGCUUUUUCAACUCUUAUUACGCUUAGAUAUAAGAUCUCUUUAUAAAGUUAUAAACAGGAAUGAAAGUUGGUAAUGUCUUGGAAUGUUCUAGAUGGUUUUAUUUCGACAAUGUUUAGAUGCCAAAAUGAGUUUUACAGAUACGGACUAGCUCCACUGGGUGCACUGAGCGAGCAAUGUCCAUGACAGUGGAAGAGAAUGCCAGUACCUACCACCGUGGUCAACUUGUUAUAAAUAAUGUAAUUGUAGACUAAGAACGAACAUAGCUUUUAGUUAACAUUUUUGGAAAAUCAUAGAGGUUUUAAUAAAACAUCCUGCCGAAAUCGA